AUGGGUGCAGCCUGGCCAGGGACCGGAGACCUGCCGCCCGCUACAGCCUUGGAGGCCGGAGACUCGCCAGACGCACGGAGGCCGGCCCCGCGCGCGUUCGCCCGCCGCCCUCACCGCUCCAGCACCUUCCCCCGCACAAAGGAGACUCGGUUGGCUCCUGGGGAGCAGGUGGCUUUUAACACCACAAUCCUCGACUGGAUGCGAGAAAGGGAGGCAGAGCGGUGGGGAAGGACCAGACCUUUCGCAGGGGGCUUUAUCCGGCUGGCUCUGAGCCACCAGCUCAAGUACCCCUUUCACAGUCAGAAACGGGGAGCAGGAAGGAAGCCUGUCAGAGCUGUCAAGGAAGAGCUGGUCCCGGCAGACCUAGCCAUGUAUCCCAUCCCCUACCAGUACCCGGGGAAAAGGGGAAAAGCCUUUUGGAUAGGGAGCCUUGGUACGGAUUAUUGA